AUGGGAUUACAGAAUAGGCCGGUGAAUGCGCAAAUCAUAUCGGCGCACGGCGGCGACGGGGGAGAUGGGGAUGUACGGGAUGGCGAUGGUGGGAUGGGUAGGUGCUUGGGGGGCUGCGAUGAGUUGCGGAGGCCCUUGGCAGGCCGGAAGACAGUUUGUGAUCUGAGUCAGUAUGUGCAUCGCCGUAUUGGAGGUCGGUGUGUGUCUAAGGGAAGCCAGGAUGAACGGGAGGAUAGGUGUUAUGCCCUGGGUCGGGGGGUCGGUGGUGGUGGUGACGGGCAUCUGGGUGGAUGCUACAUGAUGGAAAGAAGUGGUAUGGCAGACGGUGCGGGUGCGAAGGUUCUGAGUGGGGGCGGCGGUGUUGAUGAGGGCAGUGGGCUGGCGAUGCUGCCGAUCAUGAGAACAGUCAGCGGUGUUUCUGCUGGGAAGGUGCAGGAGAAGCCGCAGGAGGAGCAGCAGCCCCAGCUGGUGUUUGGCUCGCGUUGUAAUUUUAACAGAGAGAGGUAUUCGGCGCCGUCUUUGUAUGGUGCUGGUAGCGGCUUUGGAUCUGUAUUAUCUAGGCGGGCUACUACGCCUAUGCUUGUGUCGACUUACAUGGACGACGGGGGAGUUUCGUUGGUGUCGUCGGCGGACGAGAGCGAUGGCUCUCCACCUAAUAGUGCAGGUUCAGCUGGCUUGGAAGAGACUGUUGUCCUGUCGUCGCCGUGUUCAAGACAUCAUCAUAGAAGAAACUCAAUAGCUGUGAAAUUCGCGAAACGCUGUCCUCAAUCACACUGA